AUGGCCAUCGUCGGCUAUAAGGCCUUAUCCUCUAGCUGGGCCGUGGUCCCCAGGAAAACCUUCCUCAGCUUCACGCCAGCUGAGGCUGGUGCCUGGUUGGCAAAGACUGGUCAAAGCUCUUUUGUGAAUGGUCUGACCCUUGGGGGCCAGAAAUGUUCUGUGAUCCCGGACUUACUGCUACAGGAUGGGGAAUUUAUCAUGGAUCUUUGUGCCAAGAGCACAGUCGAGGCCUGCACCUUUAACAUCGCUGUCACUGUGAAUGCCAAGACGCUAGUCGCACUGAUGGGCAAAGGUGCCCAUGGUGAGUGUCUCCUGCACCAGGAAGCCUCAGCAGUCUUCAGCAGCGAUCAUUUCAGCAAUGUGUCCCUGGUUUAG